GCAACCGCCCCAAACAGAAACAGCCGUCGCCAUCGGCCCCCGCGGCUCAGCGUCCGCGGACGCGGCUCCCACGAGCUGGGCCGCCUCUGCCGGGGCCACCACCUGGGGACCCUCAACCAGCAUGCACACGUCCACGCCGCACCACGCUCCGCAGACCUGGGCACCAGGGGGCCCCGGCCUGUCCUGCAAGACCCUACCUGGAGCACCGCCCGCCUCUCCCCAAGGACAAGAGCGUGAGGAGCUGAGGAGCCGCACCACGGACGCCUACCUCCGGCUGCCACCCACGCCAGGCCCCGCAGGCAGGACUCACCCUCGCGAGACCCUCGGCUCCGACCCACUGCCCCUCGGGUGUGGCUCUGGCUCCGCACACAGGGACCCAGCCCCGCCCCCGAUGGCCUCCGCAGGCAGGACUCACCCACGCGAGACCCCCGCGGCCAGCUGUGACUGCCCCGACCCGAGCCCCUGGCCCCGUCCGAGGGACCCAGCCCCACCCCCUCCAGCCCCCGCCAGCAAGACCCUUGGGCCCCCGCGGCCGGCUGUGACUGCCCCCACCCGAGCCCCUGGCCCCGUCCGAGGGACCCAGCCCCACCCCCUCCAGCCCCCGCCAGCAAGACCCUUGGGCCCCCGCGGCCGGCUGUGACUGCCCCCACCCGAGCCCCUGGCCCCGUCCGAGGGACCCAGCCCCACCCCCACCAGCUCCCGCAGGCAGGACUCACCCACGCGGGACCCUCGGGCCCCCACAGCCGGCUGUGACUGCCCCCACCCGAGCCCCUGGCCCCUCCCGAGGGACCCAGCCCCCCACCCCCAACAGCCCCAGGCGGAGCCAGC